AUGAAACGUGUGCACCCAAGUGGUGCAAGUAAAAGAAAAAAGAAGGAGAGGAAAUCUUUCGAAAUAAAACAAAGUUCAAAAAGUUUGAAUUUAUGGUUAGCUGGUUCCAGUUCCAAUCCUGCAAACAAUGAAAAAUCGCAAACAGGAAACGAAGAUCAAAUUAAGCCUCCUUCAAUCCAAGCAGAGGCUACUGUAACUACUUCGUCUGGUGGGAGUGAAAAUAAGAGGGAAGAAACUACUACUAGCAAUCAAAAAUUCCUAGACCUAAAUCUAGAUCACCCCAAAACGUCAUUGACGCAUUUCGACAGGGAUUCGUCAAUAAGCUCUGACUCUGAUUCAGAAAUCAGCGAUGAAGAAUCUCAACAAGACACGCUUGAUGCUUCUAAGCAAAACCUUGGUUGUUUCAUAUGUCCAAAUGAAAGUGAUCACAUUGGAAUAAAAAAAGCUUUUAUGGAAAAACAUCCAAUCCAAGUUCAUGAGGGAAAAGGAGCUAAACUUCCGUUUGAUCCAUCCAAACUCUACUAUCGUCUUUUGCCGAAUGGGGGGAAAAUACACAGAAAAUGGUUAUCUUAUUCCAUUGAGCUCAACAAAGUAUAUUGUUCUUGUUGUAUGGCUUUCGGAGGCAAAGAUAACAGAGAUUCCACAUUUAUUACUGGACACGAUGUUACACCAAAACACAUUUAUAAAUCGGUAGAAACUCAUGAAAACUCCCAUUAUCAUGAACUUGCGGCCAAGGCAGCUUUUCAAUGCCUAAACGGUCGUGAUAUUGAGAGUCUUCUAGCGGGGAACCAAUCUAAACAACGAGAAAGAGAAGUUCACAUAAGAAGAUUAGUUGUUCAACGUUUUAUUGACAUAGUUUUAUUUCUGGGUAGACAAGGCAUUGCUUACAGAGGGGACAAAGCAGAAGGGGCCUACUCACUUGACUCUGUAGAAAAUCAUGGCAAUUUUCUCGAACUUGCCAUGAUGGUUGCAAACUAUGACGUCAUUUUACAAAACCAUGUGAAACAGUGCAUUGAGGAGAGUAAGAAACAUAAGCAAAAAACAAUUGAGAAAAGAAAACUUGUCGGAAAGUCAACCAAAAGACAGUACAGGCGAGGCUCUUUGAUCACAUUUUUGUCCAAAUCGUUUAUAAACAAGCUAAUUAAAACGAUUGCUACAAUUGGACGUAAUAUCGUAUUGAAAGCAGUGGCGUAA